GGCAGCUGGGGCACGACGACGACAGCGAGCGAGGAGCCUCCCACCUCCGACGGGUGCGUGACAACAUGGGGGGAGAGCAAUCCCGUGAGUCCUCCUCGCAGUCGCAGGGGUGGCAAUUGGAAGAGGUGAGCAGAGUGGCUCGGGAGCUCUCAAACCAGGUCACCACGCUGGAGCGCAGGGUGCAGGACCUGGAGCGCAAGAACACCGAGCUGUCCGGUGACAAGGGUAAGCUGGAGAAGAACCUGGAGGAGAAGACGAAGGCCGCUCAUGUGCUCUCAAACCAGGUCUCCACGAUGAAGCACAGGUUGCAGGAGCUGGAGCGCAGAAACGCCGAGCAAUGCAAUGAGCUAGUGCAGCAAUUGGAGGACACGAGGAAGGCUGGUUUGGUGUUCAUGGACGCUGCGGGUUUAUACCAGGAAGUAGCAGAGCGGCAGAUUAAGGCGAAGGUGGAGGAACUGGAUGACACCAGGAAGGCGGGCCUGAUGUUCAUGAGCGCUGCGGAUUCAUACGAAGAAGUUGCAGAGAAGCAAAUUAAGGCAAGGGAGAUGGAAUUGGGGGACACGAGGAAGGCAGCCGUGUUAUUCAUGGAUGCCGCUGAUGCUUACCAAGAAGAAGCGGAGAAGCAAGUUAAGGCAAAGGCGGAGGAAUUGGAGGAUACCAGGAAGGCAGGUCUUGUGUUUAUGGAUGCUGCCGAUAUGUACCAAGAAGAAGCGGAGAAACAAAUCAAAGCAAAGGUUGAGGAAUUGGAGGGAACAAGGAAAGCAGUUCUAGUGUUCAUGGAUGCCGCAGAUGCUUACCAAGAAGAAGCGGAGAAGCAAAUUAAGGCAAAGGUGGAGGAAUUGAAGGUGCUACGAGCCCAGAAUGUGGAGAUGGAUGAGAGGGUACAAUCUUUGGAGCUGGAGCUCGAGAUUGCUCUAGCCAAGAAUCGAGAAUUGGAGGCUGGUGUCAUUGUGAAGAAGAUGGAAUAUGAUUUGGUGAAGGUUGAAAAUGAUAAGCUUGGGACAGAGGUUUCCACGGUAGAACAAAAAUAUGUCCUACCUGAAGUAGAGGUUGAGAGGCUCAAGAUGGAAGAGAUAAUGGAGGCAGUUUUGAAAGAAUUUGAUGCUGAGAAGGCAGAAAUCAUAAAGGUGCCAGAGGACCUCAAGACAAAUGGUGAAAAUGAAAAGCUCUCAGAGGUUUAUGAAAUAGAGCAAAAACAUAGCCUCUUUGAAGUAGAGGUUGAGAGGCUCAAGAUGGAACUGGGUGCAUUGGUGGGGAAGGAGGCAGUUGCGGAUGCAUUUGAUGUUCAGAAGGAAGAAAACAUGAAGGAAUCCAAUGACCUCAAGAGGAAAGUGGAAGAAGUCUAUGCCAUUAAAGAUUUUGUGAGGGGUGAAAAUGAUAAGCUUAGGUUAGAGGUUUUGACAACUGAACAAUAACAUGGCACAUCUAAGACAGAGGUUGAGAGGCUCAAAAUGGAUGCAUUGGUAUAGGCAAAGGAGUUACUUGGCAACAGAAUUCCAUAGUGAGAAGGAUUAAAUCGUGAAGAGAUUACAGGACCUCAAGAGGAAUCCUAGCCUCUCUCAAAAAGAAGGAACUCCCAACCAUCAAGGAUUUGGUGAAAUGAUGCGAAAUUUUUAUCAUAGAAAGCACCAAGAGAAGGUUGAAGCAUGCAAGCUGAAGUAAAAAAAUGGAGGCACUUGAAAAUUAUGAUGAUGUAAAGGACGGUGAGAUUGGGAAACUGAUGGCAAAAUAUUGGAUGGAAAAGAGGGGGUGGCAAGGCAAGGACAUUGUGCUACUACAUCUCGCAGUGGCAUUUGGAGCUAAUUUGUCAUCGCAAGGAAAUCAUUUAUCAUGUGAAUCUAAAAAUAAUUAGAUUGUGAAGAAGUAUUAGUAUGUAAUAAGAUCAGUUGGUUAUAUGCAAUAAAAUGGAACUUCCGCUUCCUUUGUGAUA